AUGCAGAAAACAGUAUGUUAUACGGGAUAUUUUACGGGAUGUUUGCCUUGUGUAAGCUUUUUCUCCAGUAUAUUUUACGGGAUAUCUGCCUUGUGUAAGCUUUUAUGGGAUGUACUCCAGUUUGUCUACAUGUUUUUCAUGUAUGGGGCAUCAAUUUCUGGGUGGAAGUAUUGUAGACCACUUAUUGCAGUUGAUGGAACAUUUCUAAAAAAUAAAUAUAGAGGUGUUCUGUUAGUGGCUGUUACAAAAGAUGCAAAUAACCAGAUUUUCCCUAUAGCAUUUGGGGUAGCGGAUUCAGAGAAUAACGAAUCAUAUGAAUGGUAUUUCAGAGAAUUAAGAAAAGCAAUUGGGAUUCGUAAGGAUUUAAUGUUUUUGUCAGAUCGACACAAGGCCAUUGCAAAUGGUAUUGCAAAGGUUUUCCCUGAGUGCUACCAUGGUAUUUGCAUAUACCAUUUAGAAAAGAAUCUAAAGCAAAGAAGAGUGAGAAAUACUGUACUAAACCUUUUUCAAAGUGCUGCAAGAGUAUACCUUCAAUCAGAAUUUGAUGACUUCAUGUCCCAAAUAGCUGUUGUUGAUAAGAAAACAUUUAAUUAUUUGAUGGAGGAACCACCAGGAAGGUGGGCUCGUUCACAUUGUCCGAGAAGACGAUAUGAUAUGUUAACAACAAAUAUUGUUGAGUCAAUGAAUAAUGUAUUGAGACGUGCAAGAGAAUUGCCACUUUUAACAAUGAUGGAUUUCAUACAAGAAAAGUUGCAAAGCUGGUUCUAUGAAAGAAGGACAACUGCAGAAGGAAUAUUCCGUGAGAUAUCAAAUUGGGCAGAAGCAACAUUGGAAGAAAAAAUUAAACCAGCUUUUACAUUUAGAGUAUUGCCCAUUGAUCGACUCAAAUUCAAUGUGAAAGAAGGGGGUAUGGAAUUUAUUGUUGAUCUAGACAAAAGAACAUGUGAUUGUUGUCAAUUUCAGCUAGAUGAAAUACCCUGUGAACAUGCAAUUGCUGCAAUUGACAGUAUAUAUCAAAAGAAAUCGGCCUUUUGCUCAGCAUAUUAUUCAAGGGACUUUUGGUUGAAAACAUAUGAAGGGCAAGUAAAUUCUAUAGGUGAUUGA